CUCUCGUCUUCUCCUCCUCCUCUACUAACAGAUAACCCACCCUCCAAUGGCUUCAACCUCCACCUCCUUUCUUUCCCCUGCAACUACCUCCUCCGUUACCCACCAAUCCCGUCACCUCUCCUCCAAACUUCCUUUCUCUAACUUCCCUUCCAAACCCCUUUCCUCCCACAACAGACAAAUCACCAAGCUCCACGUCUCCUCCCCUCCCGACAAUCCCACCACUACCGCCACCAAACCGACCGGCUCCAAACCGCCCAAGGAAGAGACCAUCUUCUUCGACGGCGGAGCCCACUACGGCGACCUCGUAGCAAACCUCCUUCUGGGUUUCACACUGCUAUGGCUUCCAUUAACUCUGGCGGCCGUCUCCAGGGCAUUCUUUCUACGCUACAGAUUCACCAACCUGCGGGUGACGGUGAUCUCGGGACUGACAGGCCAAGACAGGAGCGAUUUUUCUUAUAAGGUUAUCAAGGAUGUGCAGGUGGUGCCGCGAUUCAUUGGUGAGUGGGGGGAUAUUGUGAUUACGUUGAAGGAUGGGACGAAGGUGGAUUUGAGGAGUGUGCCUAAGUUCAGAGAGAUUGCUAAGUAUUGUCUUGCUAUGGCCGAGAAGCCUGUGGUGUUAAAGGAAAGUGGACCUCAAAGGGUUUUGAUGUUUGUUUACUGGUUUUCUGUGGAAAAGGUAUGUAAAUUUUUUCGCCUACUAACUGUUCGAUAAAAUGCUUAAAAGAAAUUUGCUUUGUAUCUAAUUUUAUAUAUGAACCAUUUCUGCUUGUAACUUGAAUUUCUGAGGGGCUGAUGUGUAAUUCUGACUUUAAGGACCAAAAAUAAAAAUCAAACAAGAAUGGAAUUGUUUCAAACGUAAACGUAUAAUGCAAUGAUUCCUCGAGACUUAUGAACAUUGGUUGGUAAAAGAGGAGACAUGAUGUCAUGACAACGGUCAAUAAUAGGUGCAGCUUGAAGAUGGAGCAUGAUUAGUGUAAGCUAAUCAAAUUGUGAGGAUAUAUAUAUAUAUAGUGUGUAUAUAUGGGCUGUAUGUAGUGUAUUGAUCUGGGGUGUAGGCCAUGUGGGCAUGUAUGAAUAUGUUGAAUUGGGUUUGAAA